AUGGAGCCAUUUGCAAUCGUAGGGUUCGCGUUCAAAUUAGCUCAGGAUGCCGUGGACGAGUCAAGCCUCUGGGAAGUCCUGGAGAAUGGCAAGAAUCUCAUGACCAAGUGGCCAGAAGAUCGUGCUACUAUUGAUACCUACCAUGAUGGAGGAUCCAAGAAGACUGCAACGAUUCACACUCAAGGUGCUCACUUUUGCAAUGGCGACCUUGCCUCCUUUGACGCUCCAUUCUUCUCCAUUAACCCCCAAGAGGCAGCGGUGAUGGAUCCCCAACAGCGAUGGGCACUGCAAACGGUGUAUCAUGCUUUUGAGAACGCCGGUAUACCGAUUGAAUCUGUCAAAGGAUCACGUACGGCUGUCUUUGGCGCGUGCUCAGAUGACUAUAGUCGCAUGCUCACCAAGGACGUGGACUCGGCGCCGCGUCUGGUACUAACCGGUACUGAAGCGUCCGUCUUAGUAGGCAAGAUUAGUUGGUACUUCAAUCUGGCCGGUCCUUGUCUACAUAUCAACACUGCAUGCUCCAGCAGCCUCACAGCUUUGGAUUAUGCGUGCAAGUCUAUGCAGAGCGGUGAUGCAUCGGCGGCUGUUGUGUUGGGUUCCAAUUUGAUGCUCAACCCAGAUGCGGCAACUCUGUUGUCCAAUCUGAAUUUUCUGUCCCCUGAUGGACUUUGCUACACGUUUGACCACAGGGCCAACGGUUACGCGCGUGGAGAGGGUAUUCUAGCCAUGAUAGUAAAGCCCAUGGCAGAUGCAUUGCGAGAUGGCAAUGUUAUCCGUGCCGUUAUACGGGCAACAGGAGCUAACCAAGACGGCCGGACGCCUAGUCUCACACAGCCUAGUGCUGAAGCCCAGGAGAAGUUGAUCCGUCAUGUUUAUCAAAAGGCGGGAUUAGGACUCCAAGAUACACGGUAUCUCGAGGCCCACGGCACCGGUACGCCCACCGGAGAUCCGAUCGAAGCAAAGGCCAUAGGUCGGGUAUUCCGGACCCAUCGCUCGCCUCAAGAUCCUCUCUACUUGGGGUCAAUCAAAGGGAAUAUUGGACAUGUUGAAGCUGGCAGUGGCCUUGCUGGUACUAUCAGGGCUAUUCUGGCUCUGGAAAAGGGGGUGAUUCCCCCUCAGGCGCUCUUUGAGGACAUGAAUUCUUCUAUUGAUGCCGAAUUCUUCAACAUCAAGGUGCCGAAAGCCUGCGUCCCUUGGCCCACAGCAGGCGUUCGGCGUGCCUCAGUUAAUUCAUUUAGCCUGGGAGGUUCCAAUGCGCACAUUAUCCUUGAUGACGCCCAUCAUUAUCUCCUCAACAAGGGGUUGACGGGAUAUCACAACUGCACAAUGCUUCCGGAUGAUUCGACUGCCGUAGCUAUAAACGGCACGACUUAUUCGUCAAGUGAGCAUCCCGAGCAACAGCCUUCAACUACCUUGAGUAAUGGCGUAUCCCGGACAAGUCCAGACGCAGCUCGUACCUUGUCAGGCUCUAGUCCACUCCUGAUGGUCUGGUCUGGUGCAGACUCCGGUGCUAUAGAUCGUUUAACCAUAGUCUACGAGCCGUACCUGCAAAACAAGAUCCGCGGCUCAUCUCGAAAACUCAACCAACUAGCAUACACUCUCUCUAAUCGGCGAAGCCGCCUGCCAUGGAGGUCUUUUACACUUCUUAGCGCCGACCAAAUCGCUUCAGGAGAAGGAUUAGUGCCGCUGCCCAAAGCAAAACCCGUCAGGUCAGCAAACUACGCGCCAGUCAUUGCAUUCGCAUUCACUGGUCAAGGAGCUCAAUACGCCGCCAUGGGUCUGGAACUCUUACAAUACAAGAUCUUCGCCGACACUUUGCAGCGCGUCGACAGUGUCUUUGCUUCCUUUGGGUCUACAUGGUCGGUGCUUGAUGUGAUGCGUGAUGAGAAUAAGAUCCAUUCGCCUCAGUUUAGUCAGCCCCUUUGCACAGCCCUUCAAAUUGCUUUAGUAGAGCUUCUCAAAAGUGUUUGCGUGGCUCCCUCUGCAGUUCUUGGGCACUCCUCGGGAGAAAUUGCUGCAGCAUAUGCUAUUGGUGCGCUGUCACUAGAAUCGGCAUGUAAAGUCGCGUAUUAUCGAGGAAUAGUUGCCAAAAAGCUGAAGGACUCUGUCGCCGCCAGGCCUGGGGCCAUGAUGUCAGUUAACCUGCCCAGAGAUGAGGUAAGGAGCUAUCUCUACAAAGUUGGUGGCGACAAGAUGGUAGUAUCAGUUCAUCUAGCCUGUAUUAACAGCAUUUCCAAUUGCACAUUAUCAGGCGACGAAAAAGACAUUGAUCAACUCAAGCAACGAUUAGACCAGGACGAGAUUUUCGCUCAAAAGAUCAACACUGGCGUUGCGUACCACUCUCCUGCAAUGAAAGCAGCUGCUUCAGAGUACCACGAGCUCCUUGGUGGGCUAGAAUCCGGCACGAAACUGAGCCGUGGUUCAAUGAUAUCAUCGGUGACCAGACGGUUGAUAACCAAGGUUUCGAUGCUUGCAACGGCCCAAUAUUGGGUUGACAACCUGCUAUCGCCGGUUCAAUUUGCCGACGCACUGCAGAGCUUGGACAGUAGAGAGAACUUAGGCGUCGGUUUUGAAAGGAUUACUGAUAUUUUGGAAAUUGGGCCGCAUUCCGCGCUACGACGACCCAUACAGGACACUCUGCAACAUUUGGCUGAUGUGGGUGUGAAUGCCAAGGGCAAGAGUACGAAACCUGAGGGAGUAUUACGAUAUCACUCUGUUCUUCAACGGUCAAAGCCAUCACUGAUUACCUUCCUCGAGCUGUUGGGCAAUCUCUUCUGCAUUGGCUAUCCAGUGUCCAUCGAAGAAGGCAACGGCCACCAUGGCGACAAAUGCCCGCCUCCGUUGGUGGAUUGCCCAAAGUAUCCAUUUGAUCUAUCAAGAAGAUACUGGCAUAAUUCAAGGCUAGACAAGGGUAUGAGGUUUCGUCCUGUUGCUAAGGGCGUUAUGCUUGGUAAACGAUCUCACGACUGGAAUAACCUCCGGCCAUCGUUCCGCAAUUGGCUCAGCUUGGACACUAUGCCAUGGCUAGAGGAUCAUGUUAUUAGCACUAAGACUAUCUGUCCGGGUACGGGAAUGCUAGUGAUGGCUAUGGAAGGGGUAAAGCACUUGAUCGAGUCCAACAAGGUCGCAAAGUCUAUCUCAGCCUUUCUCUUCCCAGAAGCUCACUUUCUCCGACCGAUUCCUAUCCCCGAGAAUGCCAAAACGCCAGUUGAGAUAUUAUUGUCUUUGCGACCGAGACAGGAGACUUUUGAAAAGGAGAUAGCCUUCUUUGAAAGUUCCAUCUUCGCUCACGACGGAGACAGUUGGACUGAAUGCUUUCAAGCCACGAUCCAGGUACAAUAUGAGCAGGGGGUGACUCAAGUCGAUGGCGGUAAAGAGCAUCAAGCGGAGACGGAUAAAUAUUUGAAGCUGCAGCAUGAAGCUGCCAACUGUUGUGACAAGAAAAUCGACUACAAAACCUUCUACCAAUCCCUACGUGAUCACGGCAUGGCAUAUGGUCCGUCUUUCAGCAUCCUACGAGACAUUCGUUGGGAUGGCCAACACAUCUCACAAGCAUGUAUUGCUCACGAUUUAAUGCUGGACGCCGGGGAUGCUAGUCCGGUGCACCCAGCACCUCUAGAUGCGAUGAUGCACGUUACACUUGCGCAGGUAUCGAAGGGCAUGUCUGACUCGGCAGCGACAUUUGUGCCUCGAGAUGUUUACAACCUUUGGCUGUCUACAAAACGGUGGAAACAAGGACAUGGUUCAGUACGGGCGACCUCUAAAAUUCACUCCAACAAGACAGCGGGCUUGGAAGGGAACAUUUUUGUCUGUGAUGAGGAAGAUACUCUCUUGUUGUCUGCGGAGCGUGUUGUCAUGGCGUGUGUAUCGCUUGAUGAUGAUGGUCUGCGUGAUAACCAGGGACCUAACCUUAUAUACAACAUUGACAGAAAGCCGCUCUUAAGCCAACUUGAAGGACAUGACUUGCAAAGGCUGUGUGCGCCACGACCCAUCUCACUAACUGAUAUCGAGCAGCAAUGGUCUAAUAGACUCGAGACCGCUCUACGCCACUCUGCUGAAGACGCUCUUGGCUGCCUCUCAAGCUUAAACUUCGACACUUCUACCUUGCCGAAUCAUCUCAAAACAUUCAUCCAAGCGCUUAAAAGUAGAUAUAGAGAUGGAAGACAGCAUGACAAAGAAGAGAUUCGGCAAGAACUAGCAAGAUGCGUCGAAUUCAAUCCCGGCUGGGAUCUCUACGCAGAAGCUGGUCGUCACUUGGAGAGUCUGCUUCGAAAUGAGACGGAACCCUUGGAGCUUCUAACGUCAUCUGAGGUCGCCAACCGGUCUUAUCCUCUGCUAUUCAGCAAACUAGCCGACGAUCGUCUGCGCAACUUCCUAGAUCUAGCGUCUCACGAGAAGCCCGGUCUGCGUAUCCUUGAGAUUGGGUCCGGCACUGGUGGUCUAACAACAUCUGUUUUGUCAAUAUUGCGGGACCUCGAAAAGUCCACGGGGUCCAUUCACUUCGCAGAGUACAUCUACACAGAUAUCUCUCCAGCCUUUUUUGAGGCGGCUCGGACUACUUUUGCGCAAGUUGCAGACAGGAUCGUCUUCCAAAAGCUUGACAUUGAAAAGUCUCCUGAAACUCAGGGCUUCGAGACAGGUUCAUACGACAUAAUUCUUGCAGGCUCCGUUCUCCAUGCGACGUCUCGCCUAGAGGUAUCCAUCAGUAACGUCAGGGCACUCUUGAAACCCGGUGGAUACUUUGUUAAUCUGGAAAUCACGCAGGUUAACCUUGCCAAGGCUCUUGUAAGCUUUGGCUCCCUGCCUGGCUGGUGGCUAUCUACGGAAGACUGGCGGAAAGAUGGACCACUUGUGCCGAAAGAAACAUGGGAUAGAUUGGCGAGAGAUACUGGCUUCACUGGAGUAGAAGCAAGUUGGGAAGACGGAGAAGGAGUUUGUCUCAUGAUUACUACCGCAGUAGAGAAGGAGACUUCAGCAGAGAUGCCUAUCCAACCCGCCGUCCGGAACCAAGGCUCUCUAAUUCUCGUCGUCGACACCAAUGCGCCGGAUUUGCAGACAACACUAGCUGCUAGCCUACUCCAAGAACAAGGACAAAAUACGAGAGUUGUACAGCUGAAUCAAGUGCACGAGAAUACCUGGCAACAUGAUGACGUGAUCAUCUCGCUUCUUGAUGUGGGGAAAUCAUUUCUGCUAGCAAUUUCCGAGCAAGAGUUCGAUGCCCUGCGAACUCUGAUUUCAAAGGCACAAAAUCUACUAUGGGUAGCACUCCCUGAUCUUUUAGUCGAAGAGGAUGCAGGAGACCCAAGACCUCAUAUGGCUUUGGGCUUCCUUCGCUCCAUGCGGUACGAGGAGCCAACAAAGGAGCUUGUCAGUCUCAUGGCUGGUCAGCGAACUUUACUAACCGUUGAUGCCGCUGAAGCUCAUAUACGAAACGUGCUCCGGAUAUGUUUUCAAGAUGGCCUCGCUUCACUGGAAAACGAGUUCUUCAUCCAAGAUGGCCUUCUAAGCGUAGAGCGACUAAUCUACGCCGCCGAUCAGGAUGACGAUAGACGAUUGCGGAUUUAUCCCACGCUACAGAAGGAUCAGAUCUUGAGACAUGAUCCUCCUACUGUUCUGUCUGUGGGAACUCCUGGCAUGCUUGAUACCCUUAGACUCGCCGAGGCACAGCUACCAGAUAAGCUUGAUCCAGAGGCGGUAGAGAUCGAGUGCCGAGCUUGGCCUGUGUCUUUCCGUGAUGUAAUGAUUGCGCUUAGUCGUUAUGGAGACGCCAGCGACACCAGUGGAAUGGGCUGGGAGCUUUCUGGAGUCGUAUCACGAGUCGGUUCCAAAGUUUCCGAGCUCCAGCCAGGCGAUCGCAUCCCCGACGACAUGUCCUUCGCCAGGUCUGUCGCCGCACUGAAUCCCCUCAUGACAGCCUAUCACGGGUUGAUCAACCUAGCCAGGUUAAAGAGGGGCGACAAAGUUCUCAUCCACGCCGCUGCAGGUAGCACAGGGCAAAUGGCCAUUUGCGUUGCCCAGCAGGUUGGUGCCGAGAUAUUUGCAACGGUAGGGUUCGAUGAAAAGAAACAGCUGUUAGUGGAUGAGUUUGGAAUACCGGCCAGCAAUAUCUUUUAUAGUCGUGAUACGUCCUUCCAAAAGGGUAUUAUGCGGGAGACGGGCGGCCGUGGUGUGGAUGUGGUUUUGAACUCACUGUCUGGAGACAAACUCAAAGCAUCGUGGGCCUGCAUUGCCCCUUUUGGAAGAUUCAUUGAAAUUGGCAAGGCGGAUAUUGGCUCCAACUCUUCUCUCCCAAUGGCUCAUUUUGCUAGGAACGUUACCUUUGCUGCUGUGGAUUUGGUGCACAUGGCAGCUCGUGAUCCUCAAGGCACGAAAGAUCUGAUGCGAACCUGUCUUGCCAUGUUGUUUGAGAGCAAUAUUGGCCAGUACCCGAAGCCUGUGCAUCUUUUCCCUGUCGCAGAGGCAGAGAAGGCGUUUAGGUUUAUCCAGAGCGGCAAGAAUACUGGACGUACUGUCAUCACCCUGGAACCGAAUGACAAAAUUUCUAAAUACAUAACUAAAAGAUCUACUUGGCGCUUUCCCAGUCAAGCUACCUAUGUAAUAGUGGGUGGCUUAGGCGGGAUUGGUCGGUCCAUUCUCUCCUGGAUGGUUCAGAAAGGGGCAAGAUAUUUUGUUAUCCCGUCACGCUCAGGAGUAAAAUCACAGGCCGUUGCGGAAUUUGUUGCUCGUCUCGAACAAAAAGGCGUGACUCUCAUUACAUCUUGCUGCGAUGUCAGCUCCAGUGAUCAGCUUGCAGCCCUCCUGCAGGCAUGUAAGGACAUGCCUCCUAUAAGGGGCUGUAUCAAUGCUGCAAUGGCUCUUCAAGACGCAAUGUUCUAUAACAUGACGCACUCGCAAUGGAAAAUUUCAAUCCAAUCCAAGGUAGCCUCGUCUUGGAAUCUUCAUCAACAGCUACCCGCAGACUUGGACUUUUUCAUUCUCCUGUCGUCUGCCGCCAGCAUUUACGGAGCCAUAGGUCAGAGUAACUACGCUGCCGCUUGCGCAGGUCAGGAUUCCAUCGCCCGUCAUCGCUCCUCCAUGGGUGGCAAGGCCAUGAGUAUUAACCUUGGAUUAAUACGGAACGUUGGAGCUAUGGUCGAUCAUGAAGACUUCCAGGUCAGUUCUGACAAAUAUCGCGAUGCCAAGGCAGUUUAUGAAAGAGACAUUCUUGCUGUCAUGGACUACUACUGCGAUCCUUUAACCCUCACCGGGAAAGAAACACAUACCCAGGUCCUUGUGGGUGGUGCGACUCCUUCAGAUACACAUAUCGACACCGUUCUUCCCCCUCAUAUCGACGGGCGACCGUUUUACAGCGGGUUUCCCAGAAUUACCAAGGAAGGACAGCAGCGAAAUCAGCGCAACGGAGCUAAUGACCAGACUGCAUUACUAUUCCAGCAGGCUACGUCGCCUACUGAUCGAGCUGCGGUGGCGAUGGGCGCAAUUAUCGACAAGUUGGCACACGCUUUGUGUAUUACGAGUGACGAAAUCGAUGCUCGAAAUCCACUAUCGGAUUAUGGCGUUGACUCUCUCAUGGCGGUUGAGCUAAGACACUGGUUCCGGAGGGACUUCAAAGCCGAUGUUGCCGUCUUCGAUAUUAUGGGGAAUAAUGUCUCAAUUAGAAAUGUCGCGGAACUGAUUGCCAGAGUCGCGGAGUAG